GAAGACAAACGGAAAAACAUCCGGUCUCCGCCAUAGCUUCAAACAAACCCGCAGUAGAGGCUUUUACGCACUUUCUCGCUGAUAAUGGCAACGUUUUUCGGCGAGGUGUUGUCCGUUUAUUCCCGGGCUGUGGAGGAAGACGAGGAGGAGCUCGAAGAAGACGAGGAAGACGUGCAGAUCCGCAAAGAGCUGGAGGAGAAGAGGGAGGUCCAUCUGCAUUGGUGUCCUGAGGUGUCAGAUACUCUGCAGACUGGAAGCAAGCUGCAAUGUUCCCAAUUCCUCCUCGCUGUCGGCCACAACGCCGCCAGGUUUCUGUCUGUUUACGUUCUCGCCUCGGCUAAGUGGGACGCGGUGGGACACAUGUCGGUGUGGAACGAGAGGAGCCGAGCUGGAACUGGUCAAAUUGGCGAGCAGUCGGCCUGUGUCUUCUACCGACACAAGGAAGCCCCAUCCGUUCUGAUCUGCCAGGUGACCUGCUACGUUGCAGAAGAUCAGCAGUUCCAGUGGACUGAAAAGGUGUUCGACUGCCUCCAGCAAACAGAUCUGACUGUAACAGUUCUGUCAGACAGCUUCAUGGCCGACUACAAGACCGCUGACUACCUCUGCGGCAGCUCGGGGCCCUUCCUGCGCUCCCUCCACACCGGCUCUUUCAGCUCUACGCCCAUUUGCCGGUCACUGGAGCAGCCCAACAUCCUCACAGGACUUCCAGCUGCAGUGCUGAACCACUGCCAAGUCCACCGCAUCGCCGCUGUCGUCUACCAGUGUUUCAGUGACGUCGUCGGCCCAGACUCUGUCGCCAUGGAGACCUUCAAACCAGCGCUAACCGAGCUUGGAAAGUCUGUACAUUUGGAUCCAUCUCCCAGCUUAGAAGUAGUCCGCAAGUUUGUCAGAAACAGCGAUCUUCAGAGUAAUCUUUACAUCUGACGCUUAGCACUUUUUAUGUGGUACAAAUGAUAUUUUGUUAUAAUAAAAAACCUGAAGAACAA